CUGGAGUAAAGACGUUGGAUGCAAGACAGACAGCGGGAAGAGUGUGGGGAAGCGUGGCAGAACUCGUGGUCAGUGGAAUCUUGGUGCCAAUCCAACGGAUUGCCAGCCAAUCUCGGCUCUUCGUUCAAUUGAUGAACCGAUUCCAGAGUCGAGAACAGACUAGUGAGUCCAGCUCGAGGCGGCAGGGCGAUGCGUUUCGCCGAGGAAAAUGCGACUAGUUCGUCUCUCGUGCCGUCCUCGGAUCGCAUUUUCAUCGGCGUUUCUCUCCCCUCAAGAACAUGAACUCUCCGUCGCUCAUUCACCUCCGCCGUUCUCCAGAUCCCAGAGUCUGAUUCCCCAGAUUCUCCACCAGACCAGCAUGUCGCAGCUGACCCCAACUUCGCGGACAUCGAUCGAUCCCACAAGCCCUGCGGCAGAUGCACCACGGACAAAGAAGGCCUGCGACCUUUGUCGCAGCCGCAAAGUCAAGUGUCGCGUGGCUGAUAACGAGAGAAUCUGUGAAGGCUGUCGCGACCUUGGCGUCAGCUGCACGUACGCCAGACCGAGGCGGAGAAGAGGUCCGCCCAAUAGGCACGUUCAAGGCCCGGCGCCAACGAAAUUGGACGAUGGUCUUGGGCAUCCCGGCUCGCCAGCUACACGAGAGCCGGGAGUUUCGCCGACAGGCAAUGGGCACCCUGCUCGCUCCCUCAAAAACAUCUUGGCAUCACUCGGCCCAAGCCACUUGAUACUGGAACUACUGGAUGACUGGUUCCGCUUCGUCCACCCUCUCGCCCCAAUAUUGCACCGACAACAUCUCCUGCACCGUCUUCACUCCGAGGAAUCCGAGAAUGAUCAGGUCUUUGCGGCGUUGGUCAUAUCGGUCUGCGCCGUCACCAUCUCGACGCUGCGACGGAAGAGCUUUGAGAGCUAUCCGGGAAUCACCUUUGACAAAUGUAUCGAAAUCAUUGAGCAAGGCAACCUGCUUCAGUCGCAGCCAAUCUCGCUGGACUACUGUAUAGCAUGGUAUCACGUAGCCUCUGCUGUCGAAGUCGACGCCGGCACCGGCAACUAUCGCUCGUACCGCGCCAUUCGCGAAGCCAUGACUGGCGUCGACUGGCUGCUCUGCUAUGCGGGCGAUGAGCAGCCAGCGCCGGACAAGGAGCGCCUCAAGAGGCUGUACUGGCUGCUCUUCAUGUGGCAGGUGGGAUCAGAGAUCCAGGGACAACCCCAUCUGGCAUUCGUCCCAUUCAACCAGAAGCUCGAGCAUCUGCGCCCCAUGAACAUCACAGACAGCCAACUAUAUCCCGAUCUGGCAUCGUCGGCCGAUACGCCUUCCUGGCCCGAGGACGAAAUACACUUCAUACCCGGGCUCAACAGCCUCAUCGAUGUCUUUCUGACGUGGGAGCAGAGUAAGAAAGACCUCACACACAAGCAACCCGAAGAAACAUUGAAGUGCGCAAUCAGCCGCAUUCAACAUAUUCUGGACAAUCUUCCUCCAGAUCUGCGAUGGACGGGGGGACUGACGCGCUUCCCCCAGCCAGUCUGGGGCCACAAGGCGCAGAUGGUCAACAUUCUAAUCACAGCAUUGUCUUUAAAGUCCAACUUUCUGCAGCAUCUGGGCUCUCUAUUGCCUGGUCUCAGUCACUAUGAUAUUAUUUGUGAUGUCUUGGAAAUACUCCAGCACCUUCCGCAGCCGGUAUUUGAGGUCAACGGGCAUUCCCUUGUCGUCAAAAUCCGUGAUAUUGGCGCGGCCUACCUGUCAGAACUUAGCCAAGAGUCACGGGGAGGCGUCGAGUAUAAUGAGCGGCACGCAAAAGUUCAUCAAGUCCUCCAGGCGCUCAAGAAUCUUGAUUUCAGGCCACAUCCAGACGCUGGGGACCCAAUCGCAUCAACGGUGGAAACGGAAUAAAUGGUCAAGGAAAUGGCACUAAUUGCCUAUGGCUAAUUCUACUGUUUGUGGACUCUUGUGUUCAAUCAAAUUUUCUCAAGCUCUCCGCUGGUGUGGGCAAUCCAACUAUCAUCGAGCUCCUCCACAGUCAUCACUUUGGGCACAGGGUCCUGCAAGACAUUGCUCGCCAGCUUCCCCCGCAGCAGGUACGUGGGCGUGCAGCUCCAGGCGUGACAGAAGCUAUUGUUCCUUACGUCCCCAUAAGGGCUGUUGGUGCGGUCUUCCGGGUCGAAGCACUCCCAGAACGUGUCGGCCCCUGCUUCGAUCAUCUUCCCCCAGUAACCUUCCAUGACUUUGAUGCACUCCUCUUUGCAUCCAACGUCAGCCAGCGCCUCACAGACGUAGUGCCAGAGGUAUGGCGUCAGAGGUUGAAUGGCGUCAGGGUGGUCCAGGGCCUUCAGCAAUGCAGCUCGCGCCA